AUGAUACAGUCGAACCCUAUAAUAAGACCAAAUACCAAGAACAGGCCGUUCAAAUUUGAGCCGUUCUUGAGGAAGGAAUACAAUUUUGGCUUGGACCCAGAUAGGCCAGUGUGUCCUAUGUUCAAUCCACUGAAUCCUAAUUCAUGUCCCAAUGGUACCAAUUGUCCAAACAAACACGUACCUGCAAUGUACUCCAAUAAAAUCGUAUGUAAGCAUUGGCUUAGAGGGCUCUGUAAGAAAAACGAUCACUGCGAAUUUUUGCACGAAUAUAACUUGAGAAAGAUGCCCGAGUGUCUCUUCUACCUGAAGAAUGGAUUUUGCACUCAGACGCCCGAGUGUUUAUAUUUGCACGUAGACCCACAGCUGAAAAUCCCAGAAUGUGUAGAUUAUGAAAAGGGAUUCUGCCCAGAUGGACCCAAGUGUACAAAGCGUCAUAUUAGAAAGAUCAUGUGCCCGUUGUACUUGACCGGGUUCUGCCCCAAGGGUUAUGAAUGUGAAUUCAGUCAUCCGAGAUUUGAAGGUAUUACUGACAGGUUGAAGAUAGAAGAAGAUAAGAAGGAAGAAGUAGAAGAUAAAGAAGAUAAAGACGAGAGAAUGGAUGAAGAGGAAAGUAAGUAG